GAUUAACUAGCAUGUUGAAAGGUUCACCUCAUCCUGAGUUGUUUUUGGCUGGAGGAUUGUAGUUAAAAAUUGCUAUUUAAGUUGUUCGCCACCUCUAGUAACAAUGUCUAGAAGUUUAUCUAAUGCUUCUUUUGACCCACCCAGAUUUGAGGUUUGCAGGGCAAAACAGAUUUUAAUGCAGGAUUCUGCUGGAAAAGCUCUAUUAACUGAUGCAUUUUGUAACAUGGUUUCCCGUGACAGAAUCCCUUUAAAUAUUAUUCAGGGGCUAAAUAGGUCCUUACAAGCUCAGAUUUGGUUGUGCACUUUUGUCAAGUUGGAGCCAUACUACAUGACAGUCUAGGAAUGUAAAUAAUCUCGGGUUAGUUCCACUAUGCUAUAGAACUGUAGUUUAUCUGUCCAAAAUUAAAAUAUAAAUGGUGAUGCCGCCAUACAUUUCUUUGUCAGAAAGUUGUAAAACCAUUUCACCAGUUUAAUGCCAAUUUUUGGGAUUUGAUGUUAACACCAGCAAAAUGUUAAUAAUAACGCCAAAACUUCCACAAACUUUAAUUUAGUGUAAGUUGUACUGUUAGUGGCUUUGUAUGGCGAUAUCUGGUGCUCCAGAUUCACUAAAGUGUACAAAACAGCUGUAUUCACGAAAUUAAGUUUUUGGCCUCAGUGGCCAAAAAAGAAUGUAAAAAAAAAUAUUUCCCCACUUCCUGUUACUUAGGAAGAACAUCUUUGGCUGCACCAGGAAAGCUGGAUAAGAUGGAUUAGUGAUGCUGUGCUCUCAGAUGCCCAGUAUUGUCUUACAGACUGGAGCCCUUAUUUGUGCUCCUGAUGUUACUGAGCAUAAGGAGAGAAAAUGUUUGUGUCCUUUCUGUGACUGGGAAUGAGAACAGUAAGUCUACCUAGGGUGUUGGCAGGGUGUGCAAUGUGCCUACUAUGCCCACAACAUCAGGCAGUCUUAGUUACCAGGUGUACACCUAUGGUGUGCUUUCGAUUAGAAAAGCUUCCUUAUGGCACUCUAGCACUAUUCUGACAGUUCUACAGGAUGCAAAGACUCAUCAGGCAUGCUGGAAAUUCUUCACUAAGCUGCUGGAGUGAGAGAAAAGAUGGCUGCAAGCAUAUCUGUGAACAUUCUCCUCUGCCUUCUAAUCUUCUACUCUCUCUUCUACAUGGUAUGCAGUGUAUGUACAGGAGCCAUGAGGAUAGAAACAUUUGACUGGAAAAUCCCCUUUGACCAUAAAAGGCAGCCAUCACUUAGCAAUGUAUAUUAUCUAGGUAAGUACAGAUCAAAUCUGAAAGCAAAGGUGUUAAAGGGGACAUUUUGUGUGAAAAACAAAAUUGUGCCAAUGAAUUGUACUCAUCUAAAUAUAUAAAGAAUGUGCUUUAAAAAGUAUUGUGUAGUGCUGAUUUUUUGAAAAUUUGUUCAAAAACCCUACUAGUGCGGCCCAUCUGUUCCACGUCCCGCUGCCUUCUUUCCGAGGCUGUGUAGGUAGGCCGGCAGCACUCUGCACUGUAGAAUAGGAACCAAUUAGCAGCUAGGCUGACCAU